AUGUUGAUCUGCAUAUCAAAUUUUCAGACAAUAACAAAAAUUUAUGAGACUACGACAACAAGGACAUCUGACUAUGAGCAAUCAGAAACUUCCAAACCAGCUCUGGCACAGCCAGCACUGGCACAACCAGCAUCAGCAAAGCCGGUGGAGAGGAGGAAGGUCAUCCGGAAGAAAGUGGACCCUUCAAAGUUCAUGACCCCCUACAUUGCACACAGUCAGAAAAUGCAGGAUCUUUUUAGCCCAAAUAAAUACAAGGAGAAGUUUGAGAAAACAAAAGGACAGCCAUACGCCAGCACAACAGAUACUCCAGAACUUCGCAGAAUCAAAAAAGCACAAGAUCAACUCAGUGAGGUUAAGUAUCGAAUGGAUGGUGAUGUUGCUAAGACUAUAUGUCACGUAGAUGAAAAAGCAAAGGAUAUUGAACAUGCAAAGAAAGUGUCGCAGCAAGUCAGUAAGGUUUUAUACAAGCAGAACUGGGAAGACACCAAGGAUAAGUACCUGCUUCCUCCUGAUGCCCCUGAACUUGUCCAGGCCGUUAAGAACACCGCCAUGUUCAGCAAGAAACUGUACACUGAAGACUGGGAAGCAGACAAAAGUUUGUUUUACCCCUACAAUGAUAGCCCGGAACUGAGGAGAGUUGCCCAGGCCCAGAAAGCUCUCAGUGAUGUUGCCUACAAAAAAGGUCUCGCUGAACAGCAAGCUCAAUUCACGCCUCUGGCCGAUCCUCCAGAUAUAGAAUUUGCCAAGAAAGUAACCAAUCAAGUGAGCAAGCAAAAAUACAAAGAAGACUAUGAAAAUAAAAUCAAAGGCAAAUGGAGUGAGACACCUUGCUUUGAAGUUGCAAACGCCAGAAUGAAUGCUGAUAACAUUAGCACAAGGAAAUACCAGGAAGAUUUUGAAAACAUGAAAGACCAGAUCUACUUCAUGCAGACCGAAACACCAGAGUAUAAAAUGAAUAAAAAAGCUGGUGUGGCAGCUAGCAAGGUAAAAUACAAAGAAGACUAUGAAAAGAAUAAAGGAAAAGCAGAUUAUAAUGUGCUUCCUGCUUCAGAGAACCCACUGCUUAGGCAGCUGAAGGCAGCAGGAGAUGCCCUAAGUGAUAAACUAUACAAGGAAAACUAUGAAAAGACAAAAGCAAAGAGCAUAAAUUACUGUGAGACCCCCAAAUUCAAGCUCGAUACUGUUCUGCAGAACUUCAGUAGUGAUAAAAAAUAUAAAGAUUCCUACUUAAAAGAUAUUUUGGGACAUUAUGUAGGCAGCUUCGAGGAUCCAUACCAUUCACACUGCAUGAAAGUCACAGCUCAAAACAGUGAUAAAAACUACAAAGCAGAAUAUGAAGAAGACAGAGGCAAAGGCUUCUUCCCUCAGACCAUAACUCAAGAAUAUGAAGCAAUUAAGAAACUAGAUCAGUGUAAAGAUCACACCUACAAAGUCCAUCCAGAUAAGACAAAAUUCACCCAAGUUACAGACUCUCCUGUUCUGCUACAAGCCCAAGUCAAUUCCAAACAACUGAGUGACUUAAAUUACAAAGCAAAACAUGAAAGUGAAAAGUUCAAGUGCCAUAUCCCCCCUGAUACUCCUGCUUUUAUCCAGCACAAAGUCAAUGCCUAUAACCUGAGUGAUAAUCUUUAUAAGCAAGACUGGGAGAAGAGCAAAGCCAAAAAGUUUGACAUUAAAGUGGACGCCAUUCCCCUGCUGGCAGCCAAAGCCAACACCAAGAACACCAGCGAUGUGAUGUACAAGAAAGACUAUGAAAAAAACAAAGGGAAAAUGAUUGGAGCCCUCAGCAUUAAUGACGAUCCCAAGAUGCUGCACUCCUUGAAGGUGGCCAAAAACCAGAGUGAUAGAUUAUACAAGGAAAACUAUGAGAAGACAAAGGCAAAGAGUAUGAAUUACUGUGAGACCCCAAAAUAUCAACUUGAUACUCAGCUGAAGAACUUCAGUGAGGCUAAAUAUAAAGACUUAUAUGUAAAGGAUGUUUUGGGACAUUAUGUAGGCAGCAUGGAGGACCCAUAUCACACACACUGCAUGAAAAUUGCAGCUCAAAACAGUGACAAAAGUUACAAAGCAGAAUAUGAAGAGGAUAAAGGAAAAUGCUAUUUCCCUCAGACAAUAACACAAGAAUAUGAAGCAAUCAAGAAGCUGGACCAGUGUAAAGAUCAUACCUACAAAGUUCAUCCAGAUAAGACCAAAUUCACGGCAGUCACUGAUUCUCCUGUACUGUUGCAAGCCCAGCUCAACACGAAACAGCUUAGUGAUCUGAAUUACAAAGCAAAACAUGAAGGUGAGAAGUUCAAGUGCCAUAUACCAGCAGAUGCUCCACAGUUUAUCCAACACAGAGUCAAUGCCUAUAAUCUGAGUGAUAAUGUUUAUAAGCAAGACUGGGAGAAGAGCAAAGCCAAGAAGUUUGACAUUAAAGUGGACGCCAUUCCCCUGCUGGCAGCCAAAGCCAACACCAAGAACACCAGCGAUGUGAUGUACAAGAAAGACUAUGAAAAGAGCAAAGGGAAAAUGAUUGGAGCCCUCAGCAUUAAUGACGAUCCCAAGAUGCUGCACUCCUUGAAGACAGCCAAAAACCAGAGUGAUCGCGAAUAUCGAAAAGAUUAUGAAAAGUCAAAAACUAUCUACACGGCACCCCUUGAUAUGCUCCAAGUCACUCAAGCUAAGAAAUCUCAGGCAAUUGCCAGCGACGUUGAUUAUAAGCACAUCUUACACAGUUACAGCUACCCCCCUGAUAGCAUCAAUGUGGACCUUGCCAAGAAGGCGUAUGCGCUACAGAGCGAUGUUGAAUACAAAGCUGACUACAAUAGCUGGAUGAAAGGUUGUGGCUGGGUGCCUUUUGGGUCCUUAGAAAUGGAAAAGGCAAAGCGAGCUUCAGACAUCCUCAAUGAGAAAAAAUAUCGCCAACAUCCAGACACACUCAAGUUUACCUCGAUUGAAGAUGCUCCAAUUACAGUACAGUCUAAAAUUAACCAGGCCCAGAGGAGUGAUAUCGCUUACAAAGCCAAAGGAGAGGAAAUUAUUCACAAAUACAACCUGCCACCAGACCUGCCCCAGUUCAUCCAGGCUAAAGUUAAUGCCUACAAUAUCAGUGAGAAUAUGUACAAAGCAGACUUGAAAGACUUGAGCAAGAAGGGAUAUGACCUGAGAACUGAUGCGAUUCCCAUCAGAGCUGCCAAAGCUGCCAGGCAGGCGGCGAGUGACGUUCAGUACAAAAAAGACUAUGAAAAGGCUAAAGGGAAAAUGGUUGGCUUCCAAAGUCUUCAAGAUGACCCUAAACUGGUUCAUUAUAUGAACGUGGCCAAGAUACAAUCAGAUCGGGAGUAUAAAAAAGACUAUGAGAAGACAAAGUCCAAAUACAACACGCCCCAUGAUAUGUUCAAUGUCGUGGCGGCUAAGAAAGCCCAGGAUGUGGUCAGCAACGUCAACUAUAAGCAUUCUCUCCAUCAUUACACCUACUUGCCUGACGCCAUGGACCUGGAGCUGUCUAAGAACAUGAUGCAGAUACAGAGUGAUAACGUCUAUAAGGAAGACUACAACAACUGGAUGAAAGGCAUUGGCUGGGUUCCUAUUGGCAGUCUCGACGUCGAAAAAGUUAAAAAGGCCGGUGAUGCUCUGAAUGAAAAGAAGUACAGGCAACAUCCAGACACCCUCAAAUUUACCAGCAUCGUGGACUCCCCAGUUAUGGUCCAGGCAAAACAGAACACAAAGCAAGUCAGUGAUAUCUUAUACAAGGCUAAAGGAGAAGAUGUGAAACAUAAAUACACCAUGAGUCCUGAUCUUCCUCAGUUUCUCCAGGCCAAGUGCAAUGCUUACAAUAUAAGUGACGUCUGUUAUAAACGGGAUUGGCAUGACUUAAUAGCCAAGGGCAACAAUGUGCUGGGUGAUGCUAUUCCCAUCACUGCAGCCAAGGCAUCGAGAAACAUUGCCAGUGAUUAUAAAUACAAGGAAGCUUAUCAGAAGUCAAAGGGAAAGCAUGUGGGUUUCAGAAGCCUCCAGGAUGAUCCCAAGCUGGUCCACUAUAUGAAUGUGGCAAAGCUGCAGUCUGAUCGUGAAUACAAGAAGAACUAUGAGAACACCAAAACCAGCUACCACACCCCUGGGGACAUGGUUAGCAUCACAGCUGCAAAGAUGGCCCAGGAUGUCGCUACCAAUGUCAACUACAAACAGCCAUUGCAUCAUUACACAUACCUACCUGACGCCAUGAGUCUUGAGCAUACGAGGAAUGUCAAUCAAAUUCAGAGUGAUAAUGUGUAUAAAGACGAGUAUAACAGCUUCUUGAAGGGCAUCGGAUGGAUCCCUAUUGGUUCCCUGGAGGUGGAGAAGGUCAAGAAAGCAGGCGAUGCAUUAAAUGAGAGGAAGUAUCGACAGCACCCAGAUACCAUCAAGUUCACAAGUGUGCCUGAUUCCAUGGGCAUGGUGUUGGCUCAGCAUAACACAAAGCAGCUAAGUGAUUUGAACUACAAGGUGGAGGGAGAGAAACUGAAGCACAAGUAUACUAUUGACCCUGAAUUGCCUCAGUUUAUUCAAGCCAAAGUCAACGCCCUCAACAUGAGUGAUGCUCAUUACAAAGCAGAUUGGAAGAAAACCAUUGCCAAGGGCUAUGAUUUGAGACCAGAUGCUAUCCCAAUUGUUGCUGCAAAAAGUUCAAGGAAUAUUGCUAGUGAUUGCAAAUAUAAGGAGGCCUACAAGAAAGCCAAAGGCAAGCAAGUUGGAUUUCUCAGUCUUCAGGAUGAUCCUAAACUGGUUCACUACAUGAAUGUGGCCAAAAUCCAGUCUGAUCGUGAGUACAAAAAGGGCUAUGAAGCCAGCAAGACCAAGUACCACACACCUCUGGAUAUGGUCAGUGUGACAGCUGCAAAGAAAUCUCAGGAGGUUGCCACCAACGCCAACUACAGACAGUCAUACCACCACUACACUCUCCUGCCCGAUGCCUUGAAUGUGGAGCACUCCAGGAAUGCCAUGCAGAUUCAGAGCGAUAAUCUGUACAAAUCUGACUUCACCAAUUGGAUGAAAGGGAUCGGCUGGGUGCCCAUAGAGUCCCUGGAGGUGGCGAAGGCAAAGAAAGCAGGAGAGAUUCUUAGUGAGAAGAAGUAUCGCCAGCACCCCGAGAAGCUGAAGUUCACGUACGCCAUGGACACAAUGGAACAGGCACUUAACAAGAGUAACAAACUGAACAUGGACAAGAGGCUCUACACUGAAAAAUGGAACAAGGACAAGACCACCAUUCAUGUCAUGCCUGACACACCGGAUAUUUUACUCUCCAGAGUAAACCAAAUCACUAUGAGUGAUAAACUGUACAAAGCUGGCUGGGAAGAAGAAAAGAAGAAAGGAUAUGACCUGAGGCCUGAUGCCAUUGCAAUAAAGGCUGCAAGAGCCUCUAGAGACAUUGCCAGUGAUUACAAAUACAAGAAAGCCUAUGAACAAGCCAAAGGGAAACACAUUGGCUUCCGGAGCCUGGAAGAUGACCCCAAGCUGGUGCACUUCAUGCAAGUGGCCAAGAUGCAGUCAGACCGGGAAUACAAGAAGGGAUAUGAGAAAUCCAAGACCUCCUUCCACACCCCGGUGGACAUGCUCAGUGUGGUGGCAGCCAAGAAGUCUCAGGAAGUGGCCACCAAUGCCAACUACAGGAACGUGAUCCAUACCUACAACAUGCUUCCUGAUGCCAUGAGCUUUGAAUUGGCCAAAAAUAUGAUGCAGAUUCAGAGUGAUAAUCAGUACAAGGCUGACUAUGCUGACUUCAUGAAGGGCAUUGGAUGGCUCCCUCUGGGCUCCCUGGAAGCAGAGAAAAACAAGAAAGCCAUGGAGAUUAUUAGUGAAAAGAAGUACCGCCAGCACCCAGACACUUUGAAGUAUUCCACAUUGAUGGACUCGAUGAACAUGGUUUUGGCCCAGAAUAAUGCAAAAAUUAUGAACGAACAUCUCUACAAACAAGCAUGGGAGGCUGACAAAACCAAAGUCCACAUCAUGCCUGAUAUCCCCCAGAUUAUUUUGGCAAAGGCAAAUGCAAUUAAUAUGAGUGAUAAACUCUACAAACAUUCCUUGGAAGAGUCUAAAAAGAAAGGCUAUGAUCUCAGACCUGAUGCAAUUCCUAUCAAAGCUGCCAAGGCUUCCAGAGAUAUUGCAAGUGACUAUAAAUACAAGUACAAUUAUGAAAAAGGGAAGGGGAAAAUGGUUGGUUUCCGCAGUCUCGAGGAUGAUCCCAAAUUAGUCCAUUCCAUGCAAGUGGCUAAGAUGCAAUCUGAUCGGGAGUACAAGAAAAACUAUGAGAACACAAAGACCAGCUACCACACCCCUGCCGACAUGCUCAGUGUCACGGCUGCCAAGGAUGCCCAAGCCAACAUCACCAACACUAACUACAAGCACCUGAUUCACAAGUACAUCCUCCUUCCAGAUGCAAUGAACAUAGAGCUGACCAGGAAUAUGAAUCGCAUACAGAGUGAUAAUGAAUAUAAGCAAGAUUACAAUGAAUGGUACAAAGGGCUUGGCUGGAGUCCAGCAGGUUCUCUGGAAGUGGAGAAGGCCAAGAAAGCAACUGAAUAUGCCAGUGAUCAGAAAUACCGCCAGCACCCGAGCAACUUCCAGUUUAAGAAGCUGACUGAUUCCAUGGACAUGGUGCUUGCCAAGCAGAAUGCACAUACCAUGAACAAGCAUUUAUACACCAUUGAUUGGAAUAAAGAUAAGACCAAGAUUCAUGUGAUGCCUGAUACACCAGAUAUUUUACAAGCCAAGCAGAAUCAAACACUGUAUAGUCAGAAACUCUAUAAACUUGGAUGGGAAGAAGCUUUGAAGAAAGGCUAUGAUCUCCCAGUUGAUGCAAUUUCUGUACAGCUAGCUAAAGCUUCAAGAGACAUUGCUAGUGAUUAUAAAUACAAACAAGGCUACCGAAAGCAACUUGGCCACCAUGUUGGAUUCCGGAGUCUGCGAGAUGACCCAAAACUUGUGUUGUCCAUGAAUGUAGCCAAAAUGCAGAGUGAAAGAGAAUACAAGAAGGACUUUGAGAAGUGGAAAACUAAGUUCUCCAGCCCAGUGGACAUGUUGGGAGUGGUACUGGCCAAGAAGUGUCAGGAGUUGGUUAGUGACGUGGACUACAAGAACUACCUGCAUCAGUGGACAUGUCUGCCUGAUCAGAACGAUGUUGUGCAAGCUAAGAAAGUUUAUGAACUGCAAAGUGAGAAUCUAUAUAAAUCUGACCUUGAGUGGCUGAGAGGCAUAGGAUGGAGUCCCUUGGGUUCUUUAGAGGCAGAAAAGAACAAGCGGGCUUCGGAAAUCAUCAGUGAGAAGAAAUAUCGUCAGCCUCCAGACAGAAACAAGUUCACCAGCAUUCCUGAUGCCAUGGAUAUAGUUCUGGCAAAGACAAAUGCCAAAAAUAGGAGUGAUAGACUUUAUAGAGAAGCUUGGGACAAAGACAAGACUCAGAUCCACAUCAUGCCUGAUACACCUGACAUUGUUCUGGCUAAAGCAAACUUAAUCAACACAAGUGAUAAACUCUACCGAAUGGGUUAUGAGGAGCUGAAGAGAAAAGGUUAUGAUCUUCCUGUUGAUGCCAUACCAAUCAAAGCAGCAAAAGCCUCCCGGGAAAUUGCCAGUGAAUACAAGUACAAGGAAGGCUUUCGCAAGCAGCUCGGCCACCACAUUGGAGCCCGGAACAUUGAAGAUGACCCCAAGAUGAUGUGGUCCAUGCAUGUGGCCAAGAUCCAGAGUGACAGGGAGUACAAGAAGGACUUUGAGAAGUGGAAGACCAAGUUCAGCAGCCCAGUGGACAUGCUGGGGGUGGUGUUGGCCAAGAAGUGCCAGACCUUAGUCAGCGACGUGGACUACAAGAACUACCUGCACCAGUGGACAUGCCUGCCCGACCAGAGCGAUGUCAUCCAUGCUCGGCAGGCCUAUGACCUCCAGAGCGAUAAUUUGUACAAGUCAGACCUUCAGUGGCUAAAAGGCAUUGGCUGGAUGACUAGUGGUUCUCUCGAGGAUGAGAAAAAUAAACGAGCCACCCAGAUUUUGAGUGACCAUGUUUACCGUCAGCACCCAGAUCAAUUUAAGUUUUCCAGCCUUAUGGAUUCCAUACCAAUGGUUUUGGCAAAAAACAAUGCUAUUACCAUGAAUCAUCGCCUCUAUACAGAAGCUUGGGAUAAAGAUAAAACCACUGUCCACAUUAUGCCAGACACCCCUGAAGUUUUAUUAGCUAAACAAAACAAAGCAAAUUACAGUGAGAAAUUGUAUAAGCUUGGCCUAGAAGAAGCCAAGAGGAAAGGUUAUGAUAUGCGGGUAGAUGCCAUUCCUAUCAAGGCAGCCAAGGCCUCCAGAGAUAUUGCAAGUGAAUUCAAGUACAAAGAAGGCUAUCGUAAGCAGCUCGGCCACCACAUUGGUGCCCGAGCUAUACGUGAUGACCCCAAGAUGAUGUGGUCCAUGCACGUGGCCAAGAUCCAGAGUGACAGGGAGUACAAGAAGGACUUUGAGACGUGGAAGACCAAGUUCAGCAGCCCAGUAGACAUGCUGGGGGUGGUGCUGGCCAAGAAGUGCCAGACCUUAGUCAGCGAUGUGGACUACAAGAACUACCUGCACCAGUGGACAUGCCUGCCUGACCAGAGCGACGUCAUCCAUGCUCGGCAGGCCUAUGACCUCCAGAGCGAUAAUAUGUACAAGUCUGAUCUCCAGUGGAUGAGAGGCAUCGGCUGGGUGCCCAUUGGCUCUUUGGAUGUGGAAAAAUGCAAAAGGGCAACUGAAAUUUUGAGUGAUAAAAUCUAUCGCCAGCCUCCAGACAGAUUCAAAUUUACCAGUGUGACUGACUCUCUGGAACAAGUGUUGGCCAAAAAUAAUGCCAUCACUAUGAACAAGCGUUUAUACACAGAAGCCUGGGACAAAGACAAGGCUCAGAUCCACAUAAUGCCAGACACACCAGAAAUUAUGUUGGCAAGAAUGAACAAAAUCAACUACAGUGAGAGUCUGUACAAACUCGCUAAUGAAGAAGCAAAGAAGAAAGGCUAUGACUUGCGAAGCGACGCCAUCCCCAUCGUGGCGGCCAAGGCCUCCAGGGACAUCAUCAGUGACUACAAAUAUAAAGAUGGUUACCGCAAGCAACUUGGCCACCAUAUUGGAGCCCGGAACAUUGAAGAUGACCCCAAGAUGAUGUGGUCCAUGCACGUAGCCAAGAUCCAGAGUGACAGGGAGUACAAAAAGGACUUUGAGAAGUGGAAGACCAAGUUCAGCAGCCCAGUGGACAUGCUGGGGGUGGUGCUGGCCAAGAAGUGCCAGACCUUAGUCAGUGACGUGGACUAUAAGAACUACCUGCACGAGUGGACAUGCCUGCCUGACCAGAGUGAUGUCAUCCAUGCUCGGCAGGCCUAUGACCUGCAGAGUGACAAUAUUUACAAGUCAGAUCUCCAGUGGCUGAGAGGCAUUGGCUGGGUCCCCAUUGGGUCUAUGGAUGUGGUCAAGUGCAAGAGAGCUGCCGAAAUACUGAGUGAUAACAUCUACCGCCAGCCUCCGGACAAGCUGAAAUUUACCAGUGUGACUGAUUCUCUAGAGCAGGUGCUGGCCAAGAACAAUGCUCUCAACAUGAAUAAGCGUUUAUACACAGAGGCCUGGGACAAAGACAAGACUCAAAUUCACAUAAUGCCUGAUACACCAGAGAUUACGUUGGCAAGGCAGAACAAAAUCAACUACAGUGAGACUCUAUACAAACUUGCCAAUGAAGAAGCAAAAAAGAAAGGCUACGACUUGCGAAGUGAUGCCAUCCCCAUCGUGGCUGCCAAGGCCUCCAGGGACAUUAUCAGUGAUUACAAAUACAAAGAUGGUUACCGCAAGCAGCUCGGCCACCACAUUGGAGCCCGGAACAUUGAAGAUGACCCCAAGAUGAUGUGGUCCAUGCAUGUGGCCAAGAUCCAGAGUGACAGGGAGUAUAAGAAGGACUUUGAGAAGUGGAAGACCAAGUUCAGCAGCCCAGUGGACAUGCUGGGGGUGGUGUUGGCCAAGAAGUGCCAGACCUUAGUCAGUGACGUGGACUACAAGAACUACCUGCACGAGUGGACGUGCCUGCCCGACCAGAAUGAUGUCAUCCAUGCUCGGCAGGCCUAUGACCUCCAGAGCGAUAACAUUUACAAAUCUGAUCUCCAGUGGCUGAGAGGCAUUGGCUGGGUCCCCAUUGGGUCUAUGGAUGUGGUCAAGUGCAAGAGAGCUGCUGAAAUACUGAGUGAUAACAUCUACCGCCAGCCUCCGGACAAGCUGAAAUUUACCAGUGUGACUGACUCUCUAGAGCAGGUGCUGGCCAAGAACAAUGCUCUCAAUAUGAACAAGCGCUUAUACACAGAAGCCUGGGACAAAGACAAGACCCAAGUCCAUAUUAUGCCUGAUACACCUGAAAUCAUGUUGGCAAGACAAAAUAAAAUAAAUUAUAGUGAGAGCCUCUAUCGUCAGGCCAUGGAAGAAGCCAAGAAAGAAGGCUAUGACUUGAGAAGUGAUGCCAUUCCCAUUGUGGCUGCCAAGGCCUCUCGGGAUAUUGCCAGUGAUUACAAAUACAAAGAAGCAUAUCGUAAACAGUUGGGUCACCACAUUGGCGCCCGAGCAGUACACGAUGACCCCAAGAUAAUGUGGUCCCUCCACAUUGCCAAAGUGCAGAGUGACCGUGAGUACAAGAAAGAUUUUGAGAAAUACAAGACAAGGUACAGCAGCCCAGUGGACAUGCUUGGUAUCGUUUUGGCCAAGAAGUGUCAGACCUUGGUCAGUGAUGUGGACUACAAACAUCCUCUGCAUGAAUGGAUCUGCCUGCCCGACCAGAAUGACAUCAUUCAUGCACGGAAAGCCUAUGACCUCCAGAGUGACAAUUUGUAUAAGUCAGACCUUGAAUGGAUGAAAGGCAUUGGCUGGGUUCCGAUUGAUUCUUUGGAAGUUGUUAGGGCCAAGAGAGCUGGAGAAUUACUUAGUGAUACUAUCUACCGUCAGCGUCCAGAAACGCUGAAAUUUACCAGUAUAACGGACACUCCGGAGCAGGUGCUGGCAAAAAACAAUGCUUUAAACAUGAAUAAGCGCUUAUAUACUGAAGCCUGGGACAAUGACAAGAAAACUAUUCAUGUCAUGCCUGAUACACCAGAAAUCAUGUUAGCCAAACUCAACCGAAUAAACUACAGUGAUAAACUCUAUAAACUUGCUUUGGAAGAGUCCAAGAAGGAAGGCUAUGACUUGCGUCUGGAUGCCAUUCCAAUCCAAGCAGCCAAGGCUUCAAGAGAUAUUGCUAGUGAUUACAAGUACAAGGAAGGCUACCGCAAACAGCUUGGCCACCAUAUUGGGGCCCGGAACAUUAAGGAUGACCCGAAGAUGAUGUGGUCCAUCCAUGCAGCCAAGAUCCAGAGUGACAGGGAGUACAAGAAGGAGUUUGAGAAGUGGAAGACCAAGUUCAGCAGCCCAGUGGACAUGCUGGGGGUGGUGCUGGCCAAGAAGUGUCAGAUCCUUGUAAGCGACAUAGACUACAAGCAUCCCCUGCAUGAAUGGACCUGCCUGCCUGAUCAGAAUGACGUCAUUCAGGCUCGGAAGGCCUAUGACCUGCAGAGUGAUGCUAUUUACAAAUCUGAUCUUGAGUGGCUGAGAGGCAUAGGAUGGGUUCCCAUUGGCUCUGUAGAGGUCGAGAAAGUGAAGAGAGCUGGAGAAAUCCUGAGUGACAGGAAGUAUCGCCAGCCUGCAGACCAGCUCAAAUUCACAUGCAUUACAGACACUCCGGAAAUUGUCCUAGCAAAGAAUAAUGCCCUGACAAUGAGCAAGCAUUUAUACACAGAAGCUUGGGAUGCUGACAAAACCUCCAUCCACGUGAUGCCAGACACCCCAGAUAUCCUGCUGGCCAAGAGUAAUUCUGCCAAUAUCAGCCAAAAACUUUACACCAAGGGAUGGGAUGAAUCAAAGAUGAAGGACUAUGAUCUGAGAGCAGAUGCUAUUUCCAUCAAAAGUGCCAAGGCCUCCAGGGACAUCGCCAGUGACUACAAAUACAAGGAAGCCUAUGAGAAACAGAAAGGCCACCACAUUGGAGCCCAGAGCAUUGAAGAUGAUCCCAAGAUUAUGUGUGCCAUACAUGCAGGAAAAAUUCAAAGUGAAAGGGAGUACAAGAAGGAAUUCCAAAAGUGGAAAACCAAGUUCUCUAGCCCAGUGGACAUGUUAAGCAUCUUGCUGGCCAAGAAAUGUCAGACUUUGGUCACUGACAUUGAUUAUCGCAACUACCUGCAUGAAUGGACAUGCAUGCCGGAUCAAAACGACAUUAUCCAAGCAAAGAAGGCCUAUGACCUGCAGAGUGAUAGUGUGUAUAAGGCAGACCUGGAGUGGCUGCGUGGCAUCGGCUGGAUGCCAGAAGGCUCAGUGGAAAUGAACAGAGUGAAGGUUGCUCAAGACCUCGUGAAUGAAAGACUCUAUAGGACACGUCCAGAAGCUUUGUCAUUCACCAGCAUUGUCGACACUCCAGAAGUUGUCUUGGCAAAAGCCAAUUCUCUGCAAAUAAGUGAGAAACUGUAUCAAGAAGCCUGGAAUAAAGAUAAAAGCAACAUCACCAUUCCUUCUGAUACUCCGGAGAUGCUGCAGGCCCACAUCAAUGCCUUGCAAAUCAGCAAUAAACUCUACCAAAAAGACUGGAAUGACGCUAAGCAGAAAGGCUAUGACAUAAGGGCAGAUGCCAUUGAAAUCAAGCACGCCAAGGCCUCCAGAGAAAUUGCCAGUGAGUACAAAUACAAAGAAGGUUACCGUAAGCAACUGGGCCACCACAUGGGUUUCCGCACCCUACAAGAUGACCCCAAGUCAGUAUGGGCUAUACAUGCUGCCAAGAUCCAGAGUGACAGAGAAUAUAAGAAAGCUUAUGAGAAGUCUAAAGGAAUUCACAACACACCGUUGGACAUGAUGUCAAUUGUUCAAGCCAAGAAAUGCCAGGUCCUAGUUAGUGACAUUGAUUAUCGCAAUUAUCUGCAUCAGUGGACGUGUCUGCCAGAUCAGAACGAUGUGAUCCAGGCCAAGAAAGCCUACGACCUGCAGAGCGAUAACUUGUACAAGUCAGACCUGGAAUGGCUGAAGGGUAUUGGAUGGUUGCCAGAGGGUUCUGUGGAAGUGAUGAGAGUGAAGAAUGCCCAGAAUCUCUUGAAUGAAAGGCUGUAUCGUAUAAAGCCUGAGGCCCUCAAAUUCACCAGCAUUGUUGACACCCCGGAAGUAAUCCAGGCAAAGAUCAAUGCUGUACAGAUCAGUGAGCCAUUGUAUCGCGAUGCCUGGGAGAAAGAGAAGGCUAAUGUGAAUGUGCCAGCUGACACUCCCCUGAUGCUGCAAUCCAAAAUCAAUGCUCUGCAGAUCAGCAAUAAACGCUAUCAGCAAGCUUGGGAAGAUGUCAAGAUGACUGGUUAUGACCUGCGAGCAGAUGCCAUUGGGAUCCAGCAUGCCAAGGCUUCCAGGGAUAUUGCCAGUGACUAUCUGUACAAAACUGCUUAUGAGAAACAGAAAGGCCAUUACAUUGGCUGUCGCAGUGCCAAGGAAGACCCUAAACUGGUUUGGGCAGCAAAUGUGUUGAAGAUGCAGAAUGACAGGCUGUACAAAAAGGCCUACAACGACCACAAAGCCAAGAUCUGCAUCCCCGCGGACAUGGUGUCCAUCAACGCUGCCAAAGAAGGUCAGGCACUGGCAAGUGAUGUGGACUAUCGCCAUUACCUGCACCACUGGUCUUGCUUUCCCGACCAGAAUGAUGUGAUCCAAGCCAGGAAAGCCUACGACCUACAGAGCGACAGUGUGUAUAAGGCAGACCUGGAGUGGCUGCGUGGCAUCGGCUGGAUGCCAGAAGGCUCAGUGGAAAUGAACAGAGUGAAGGUUGCUCAAGACCUCGUGAAUGAAAGACUCUAUAGGACACGUCCAGAAGCUUUGUCAUUCACCAGCAUUGUCGACACUCCAGAAGUUGUCUUGGCAAAAGCCAAUUCUCUGCAAAUAAGUGAGAAACUGUAUCAAGAAGCCUGGAAUAAAGAUAAAAGCAACAUCACCAUUCCUUCUGAUACUCCGGAGAUGCUGCAGGCCCACAUCAAUGCCUUGCAAAUCAGCAAUAAACUCUACCAAAAAGACUGGAAUGACGCUAAGCAGAAAGGCUAUGACAUAAGGGCAGAUGCCAUUGAAAUCAAGCACGCCAAGGCCUCCAGAGAAAUUGCCAGUGAGUACAAAUACAAAGAAGGUUACCGUAAGCAACUGGGCCACCACAUGGGUUUCCGCACCCUACAAGAUGACCCCAAGUCAGUAUGGGCUAUACAUGCUGCCAAGAUCCAGAGUGACAGAGAAUAUAAGAAAGCUUAUGAGAAGUCUAAAGGAAUUCACAACACACCGUUGGACAUGAUGUCAAUUGUUCAAGCCAAGAAAUGCCAGGUCCUGGUUAGUGACAUUGAUUAUCGCAAUUAUCUGCACCAGUGGACGUGUCUGCCAGAUCAGAACGACGUGAUCCAGGCCAAGAAAGCCUACGACCUGCAGAGCGAUAACUUGUACAAGUCAGACCUGGAAUGGCUGAAGGGUAUUGGAUGGUUGCCAGAGGGUUCUGUGGAAGUGAUGAGAGUGAAGAAUGCCCAGAAUCUCUUGAAUGAAAGGCUGUAUCGUAUAAAGCCUGAGGCCCUCAAAUUCACCAGCAUUGUUGACACCCCGGAAGUAAUCCAGGCAAAGAUCAAUGCUGUACAGAUCAGUGAGCCAUUGUAUCGCAAUGCCUGGGAGAAAGAGAAGGCUAAUGUGAACGUGCCAGCUGACACUCCCCUGAUGCUGCAAUCCAAAAUCAAUGCUCUGCAGAUCAGCAAUAAACGCUAUCAGCAAGCUUGGGAAGAUGUCAAGAUGACUGGUUAUGACCUGCGAGCAGAUGCCAUUGGGAUCCAGCAUGCCAAGGCUUCCAGGGAUAUUGCCAGUGAUUAUCUGUACAAAACUGCUUAUGAGAAACAGAAAGGCCAUUACAUUGGCUGUCGCAGUGCCAAGGAAGACCCUAAACUGGUUUGGGCAGCAAAUGUGUUGAAGAUGCAGAAUGACAGGCUGUACAAAAAGGCCUACAACGACCACAAAGCCAAGAUCUGCAUCCCCGCGGACAUGGUGUCCAUCAACGCUGCCAAAGAAGGUCAGGCACUGGCAAGUGAUGUGGACUAUCGCCAUUACCUGCACCACUGGUCUUGCUUUCCCGACCAGAAUGAUGUGAUCCAAGCCAGGAAAGCCUACGACCUACAGAGCGACAGUGUGUAUAAGGCAGACCUGGAGUGGCUGCGUGGCAUCGGCUGGAUGCCAGAAGGCUCAGUGGAAAUGAACAGAGUGAAGGUUGCUCAAGACCUCGUGAAUGAAAGACUCUAUAGGACACGUCCAGAAGCUUUGUCAUUCACCAGCAUUGUCGACACUCCAGAAGUUGUCUUGGCAAAAGCCAAUUCUCUGCAAAUAAGUGAGAAACUGUAUCAAGAAGCCUGGAAUAAAGAUAAAAGCAACAUCACCAUUCCUUCUGAUACUCCGGAGAUGCUGCAGGCCCACAUCAAUGCCUUGCAAAUCAGCAAUAAACUCUACCAAAAAGACUGGAAUGACGCUAAGCAGAAAGGCUAUGACAUAAGGGCAGAUGCCAUUGAAAUCAAGCACGCCAAGGCCUCCAGAGAAAUUGCCAGUGAGUACAAAUACAAAGAAGGUUACCGUAAGCAACUGGGCCACCACAUGGGUUUCCGCACCCUACAAGAUGACCCCAAGUCAGUAUGGGCUAUACAUGCUGCCAAGAUCCAGAGUGACAGAGAAUAUAAGAAAGCUUAUGAGAAGUCUAAAGGAAUUCACAACACACCGUUGGACAUGAUGUCAAUUGUUCAAGCCAAGAAAUGCCAGGUCCUGGUUAGUGACAUUGAUUAUCGCAAUUAUCUGCACCAGUGGACGUGUCUGCCAGAUCAGAACGACGUGAUCCAGGCCAAGAAAGCCUACGACCUGCAGAGCGAUAACUUGUACAAGUCAGACCUGGAAUGGCUGAAGGGUAUUGGAUGGUUGCCAGAGGGUUCUGUGGAAGUGAUGAGAGUGAAGAAUGCCCAGAAUCUCUUGAAUGAAAGGCUGUAUCGUAUAAAGCCUGAGGCCCUCAAAUUCACCAGCAUUGUUGACACCCCGGAAGUAAUCCAGGCAAAGAUCAAUGCUGUACAGAUCAGUGAGCCAUUGUAUCGCGAUGCCUGGGAGAAAGAGAAGGCUAAUGUGAAUGUGCCAGCUGACACUCCCCUGAUGCUGCAAUCCAAAAUCAAUGCUCUGCAGAUCAGCAAUAAACGCUAUCAGCAAGCUUGGGAAGAUGUCAAGAUGACUGGUUAUGACCUGCGAGCAGAUGCCAUUGGGAUCCAGCAUGCCAAGGCUUCCAGGGAUAUUGCCAGUGACUAUCUGUACAAAACUGCUUAUGAGAAACAGAAAGGCCAUUACAUUGGCUGUCGCAGUGCCAAGGAAGACCCUAAACUGGUUUGGGCAGCAAAUGUGUUGAAGAUGCAGAAUGACAGGCUGUACAAAAAGGCCUACAACGACCACAAAGCCAAGAUCUGCAUCCCCGCGGACAUGGUGUCCAUCAACGCUGCCAAAGAAGGUCAGGCACUGGCAAGUGAUGUGGACUAUCGCCAUUACCUGCACCACUGGUCUUGCUUUCCCGACCAGAAUGAUGUGAUCCAAGCCAGGAAAGCCUACGACCUACAGAGCGACGCCCUCUACAAGGCUGACUUGGAGUGGUUGCGUGGCAUUGGCUGGAUGCCCCAAGGGUCUCCUGAAGUGUUGAGAGUCAAAAACGCCCAGAAUAUCUUUUGUGACAGUGUCUAUCGGACGCCUGUGGUGAACCUUAAGCACACAAGCAUUGUUGACACACCUGAAGUGGUCCUUGCUAAAUCAAAUGCUGAAAAUAUUAGUAUUCCAAAGUACAGAGAGGUUUGGGACAAGGAUAAAACUUCAAUACACAUAAUGCCAGAUACUCCAGAAAUUAAUCUCGCUAGAGCAAAUGCUCUUAAUGUGAGCAAUAAACUUUACCGUGAGGGCUGGGAUGAAAUGAAGGCAGGCUGUGAUGUCCGGCUGGAUGCCAUCCCCAUCCAGGCUGCCAAGGCCUCCAGGGAGAUUGCCAGUGACUAUAAAUAUAAGCUUGACCAUGAGAAGCAGAAGGGACACUACGUGGGCACCCUCACAGCCAGGGAUGACAACAAGAUCCGCUGGGCCCUCAUAGCUGACAAGCUCCAGAAUGAACGAGAGUACAGGCUGGACUGGGCCAAAUGGAAGGCCAAGAUCCAGAGCCCUGUGGACAUGCUUUCCAUCCUGCACUCUAAAAAUUCCCAGGCUCUGGUCAGUGACAUGGAUUACCGCAAUUACCUGCACCAGUGGACCUGCAUGCCCGACCAGAACGAUGUGAUUCAGGCCAAGAAGGCCUACGAACUGCAGAGCGAUAAUGUUUACAAGGCUGACUUGGAAUGGUUGCGUGGAAUUGGGUGGAUGCCAAAUGACUCCGUGUCUGUCAAUCAUGCCAAACAUGCCGCGGACAUCUUCAGUGAGAAAAAAUAUCGCACAAAAAUAGAAACUCUCAACUUUACGCCUGUGGAUGACAGAGUUGAUUAUGUGACAGCGAAACAAAGUGGCGAGAUCCUCGAUGAUAUUAAAUACCGGAAAGACUGGAAUGCCACCAAAUCAAAGUACACCCUCACAGAAACCCCCCUGCUGCACACUGCCCAGGAGGCUGCUAGGAUACUGGACCAGUAUCUCUACAAGGAAGGCUGGGAGAGACAAAAAGCCACAGGUUACAUUUUGCCUCCAGAUGCUGUGCCAUUUGUUCAUGCCCAUCACUGCAAUGACGUUCAGAGUGAGCUGAAAUACAAAGCUGAACAUGUGAAGCAAAAAGGUCAUUAUGUUGGUGUCCCGACGAUGAGAGAUGAUCCUAAGCUGGUUUGGUUUGAGCAUGCAGGCCAGAUUCAGAAUGAGAGACUAUACAAAGAGGACUAUCACAAAACAAAGGCCAAAAUCAAUAUACCUGCUGAUAUGGUGUCAGUCUUGGCCGCCAAGCAGGGGCAGACCCUUGUCAGUGAUAUUGAUUAUCGUAAUUACUUGCACCAAUGGAUGUGUCAUCCUGACCAGAACGAUGUUAUUCAGGCAAGAAAGGCCUAUGACCUACAGAGUGAUAAUGUCUACAGAGCUGACCUGGAGUGGCUCCGAGGCAUUGGCUGGAUCCCACUGGAUUCUGUGGACCAUGUAAGGGUUACUAAGAACCAGGAAAUGAUGAGUCAGAUCAAAUAUAAGAAAAAUGCCCUUGAAAACUAUCCUAACUUUACAAGUGUGGUGGAUCCUCCAGAGAUUGUUUUAGCCAAGAUUAAUUCUGUCAAUCAAAGUGAUGUAAAAUAUAAAGAAACAUUUAAUAAAGCAAAGGGCAAAUAUACAUUUUCACCAGAUACACCACAUAUCUCCCACUCCAAAGACAUGGGAAAACUCUACAGUACUAUACUGUAUAAAGGGGCGUGGGAGGGCACCAAGGCCUAUGGCUACACCCUGGAUGAGCGCUACAUUCCCAUUGUUGGAGCCAAGCAUGCUGAUCUGGUGAACAGUGAGCUUAAAUACAAAGAGACAUAUGAGAAGCAGAAAGGUCACUACCUGGCUGGAAAAGUGAUCGGUGAAUUCCCUGGUGUGGUUCACUGUCUGGAUUUCCAAAAGAUGAGGAGUGCGUUGAACUACAGAAAACAUUAUGAGGAUACCAAAGCAAAUGUUCAUAUCCCCAAUGACAUGAUGAAUCACGUGCUGGCUAAAAGGUGCCAGUACAUCCUCAGUGACCUGGAGUAUCGACACUAUUUCCACCAGUGGACGUCUCUUCUGGAAGAACCCAAUGUUAUACGUGUCCGAAACGCCCAGGAGAUCUUGAGUGAUAAUGUGUAUAAAGAUGACCUGAAUUGGUUGAAAGGCAUUGGUUGCUACGUUUGGGAUACACCCCAAAUCCUCCAUGCCAAGAAAUCAUACGACCUUCAGAGUCAGCUACAAUAUACAGCAGCAGGUAAAGAAAAUCUACAAAACUAUAAUCUGGUCACAGACACGCCCCUCUAUGUGACUGCUGUUCAGAGUGGCAUUAAUGCCAGUGAGGUGAAAUAUAAAGAAAAUUAUCAUCAGAUUAAGGACAAAUACACAACAGUUCUAGAAACAGUGGAUUAUGACAGAACCAGAAACCUGAAGAAUCUUUACAGCAGUAACCUGUACAAGGAGGCCUGGGAUAGAGUGAAAGCCACCAGCUACAUCCUGCCUUCCAGCACCUUGUCCCUGACACACGCCAAGAACCAGAAGCAUCUGGCCAGCCAUAUCAAAUAUCGGGAAGAAUAUGAAAAGUUCAAAGCUCUUUAUACAUUACCAAGAAGUGUUGACGAUGAUCCGAACACAGCACGGUGCCUCCGAGUUGGCAAGCUUAACAUCGAUCGCCUGUACAGAUCAGUUUAUGAAAAGAACAAGAUGAAAAUCCACAUCGUGCCCGACAUGGUAGAGAUGGUUACUGCCAAGGAUUCUCAGAAGAAAGUCAGUGAGAUUGAUUACCGCCUGCGCCUCCACGAAUGGAUUUGCCACCCCGACUUGCAAGUCAAUGAUCACGUCAGGAAAGUCACAGAUCAGAUCAGCGAUAUUGUAUACAAGGAUGACCUCAACUGGCUGAAAGGCAUUGGUUGCUACAUCUGGGACACUCCUGAAAUCCUCCAUGCCAAGCAUGCUUAUGAUCUACGUGAUGAUAUCAAGUAUAAAGCUCACAUGUUGAAAACAAGGAAUGACUACAAGCUUGUCACAGAUACACCAGUCUACGUGCAGGCUGUCAAAAGUGGGAAACAGCUAAGUGACGCUGUCUACCACUAUGACUAUGUGCACAGUGUCAGAGGCAAAGUGGCUCCAACUACCAAAACCGUGGAUCUGGACCGGGCCCUUCAUGCAUACAAGCUCCAGAGUUCGAAUCUAUACAAAACCAGCCUGCGCACCCUGCCCACUGGAUAUAGACUUCCAGGUGACACUCCUCACUUCAAACACAUCAAGGACACCCGUUACAUGAGCAGUUAUUUCAAGUACAAAGAAGCCUAUGAACACACCAAGGCAUAUGGGUAUACACUUGGCCCCAAAGAUGUUCCAUUUGUCCACGUCCGGAGAGUCAACAAUGUUACCAGCGAGAGACUGUAUCGGGAAUUGUACCACAAACUGAAAGACAAGAUCCAUACAACUCCCGAUACCCCUGAGAUCCGCCAAGUCAAGAAGACACAAGAGGCUGUCAGUGAGUUGAUCUACAAAUCAGACUUCUUCAAGAUGCAGGGCCACAUGAUCUCUCUGCCAUACACACCCCAAGUGAUCCAUUGCCGCUAUGUGGGAGACAUCACCAGUGAUAUUAAAUACAAAGAGGACUUGCAGGUCCUGAAGGGAUUUGGCUGCUUCCUGUAUGACACUCCUGACAUGGUCCGCUCCCGGCACCUGCGGAAGCUCUGGUCUAAUUACCUAUACACUGAUAAGGCAAGGAAGAUGCGAGACAAAUACAGAGUGGUGCUUGACACUCCAGAAUACAGAAAAGUGCAAGAACUGAAGACACAUCUGAGUGAGCUGGUCUACAGAGCUGCAGGCAAGAAGCAGAAGUCAGUCUUUACUUCAGUUCCUGAUACUCCUGAUCUUUUAAGAGCCAAGCGAGGGCAGAAGCUUCAGAGUCAGUAUCUGUAUGUUGAACUUGCCACCAAAGAGAGACCCCAUCAUCACGCUGGAAACCAGACCACAGCCUUGAAGCAUGCUAAAGACGUGAAGGACAUGGUCAGCGAGAAAAAGUACAAGAUUCAAUAUGAAAAGAUGAAAGACAAGUACACUCCGGUUCCAGAUACGCCAAUCCUCAUCAGAGCCAAGAGGGCUUACUGGAAUGCCAGUGAUCUACGCUACAAAGAAACAUUUCAAAAGACCAAAGGGAAAUACCACACGGUGAAAGAUGCCCUAGACAUUGUCUAUCAUCGCAAAGUCACAGAUGACAUCAGUAAAAUAAAAUACAAGGAGAACUACAUGAGCCAGUUGGGUAUCUGGAGGUCCAUUCCUGAUCGUCCAGAGCAUUUCCACCACCGAGCAGUCACUGACGCAGUCAGUGAUGUAAAAUAUAAAGAAGACUUGACUUGGCUUAAAGGCAUUGGUUGCUAUGCCUAUGAUACCCCUGAUUUCACUCUGGCUGAAAAGAACAAGACUCUCUACAGCAAGUAUAAGUAUAAAGAAGUAUUUGAAAGGACAAAGUCAGAUUUCAAGUAUGUUGCCGACUCUCCGAUCAAUAGGCAUUUCAAGUAUGCAACUCAAUUGAUGAAUGAGAAAAAAUACAGAGCUGAUUAUGAGCAGCGGAAAGAUAAAUACCACCUGGUAGUCGAUGAGCCUAGACAUCUGCUGGCUAAGACCGCAGGCGACCAGAUCAGUCAGAGAAAAUAUAAAUCUAGUGCCAAGAUGUUUCUGCAACAUGGAUGUAAUGAAAUUCUGCGUCCAGAUAUGUUGACUGCUCUCUACAAUUCACAUAUGUGGAGCCAGAUCAAAUACAGGAAAAACUAUGAAAAAUCAAAGGACAAAUUUACCUCAAUUGUGGAUACUCCAGAACACCUGCGUACUACAAAAGUCAACAAACAAAUCAGCGAUAUCCUUUAUAAAUUGGAAUACAACAAGGCCAAACCCAGAGGCUACACCACAAUCCACGACACGCCCAUGUUGCUGCAUGUCCGCAAGGUUAAAGAUGAAGUCAGUGAUCUGAAAUACAAAGAAGUAUACCAAAGAAAUAAAUCCAACUGCACCAUUGAGCCAGAUGCUGUUCAUAUCAAAGCAGCCAAGGACGCCUACAAAGUCAACACCAAUCUGGACUAUAAGAAACAGUACGAAGCCAACAAAGCCCACUGGAAGUGGACUCCUGACCGACCGGACUUCCUCCAGGCUGCCAAGUCAUCCCUGCAGCAAAGCGAUUUUGAAUAUAAGCUGGACCGGGAGUUCCUCAAGGGUUGCAAGCUUUCUGUCACUGAUGACAAAAACACGGUGCUCGCCCUCAGGAAUACUUUAAUAGAAAGUGAUCUGAAAUACAAAGAGAAACAUGUCAAGGAAAGAGGAACCUGCCAUGCCGUACCUGACACGCCUCAGAUCCUGCUGGCGAAGACUGUCAGCAACCUGGUGUCUGAGAACAAGUACAAGGACCAUGUCAAGAAGCACUUGGCACAGGGCUCAUACACAACACUACCAGAGACCCGGGACACUGUUCACGUCAAGGAAGUGACCAAGCAUGUCAGUGAUACAAAUUACAAAAAGAAGUUUGUCAAGGAGAAAGGAAAAUCCAACUACUCCAUCAUGCUGGAGCCACCAGAGGUGAAACAUGCUAUGGAAGUGGCCAAGAAGCAAAGUGAUGUUGCUUACAGAAAAGAUGCCAAAGAGAACCUGCAUUACACCACAGUGGCUGAUCGACCAGACAUCAAGAAGGCCACACAGGCAGCCAAACAGGCCAGUGAGGUGGAGUACAGAGCCAAGCACCGCAAGGAAGGCAGCCACGGCUUAAGCAUGCUCGGCCGCCCAGACAUAGAAAUGGCCAAGAAGGCAGCCAAGCUGAGCAGCCAGGUUAAAUACCGAGAAAAUUUCGAUAAAGAAAAGGGCAAGACACCAAAAUACAAUCCAAAAGACAGCCAGCUCUACAAAGUCAUGAAAGAUGCUAAUAAUCUUGCAAGUGAGGUUAAAUACAAGGCUGACCUGAAGAAACUUCACAAACCCGUGACUGACAUGAAGGAGUCUCUGAUCAUGAAUCAUGUCCUGAAUACAAGCCAACUUGCCAGUUCUUACCAGUACAAGAAGAAGUAUGAGAAGAGUAAAGGCCACUACCACACCAUACCCGAUAAUCUGGAGCAGCUUCACCUAAAAGAGGCCACAGAAUUACAGAGUAUAGUGAAAUACAAAGAAAAGUAUGAAAAGGAACGAGGAAAACCCAUGCUGGACUUUGAAACACCAACAUACAUCACUGCCAAAGAGUCUCAGCAGAUGCAGAGUGGGAAAGAAUAUAGGAAAGAUUAUGAAGAGUCCAUUAAAGGCAGAAACCUGACUGGCCUGGAGGUCACGCCAGCUUUGUUACAUGUCAAAUAUGCAACUAAAAUAGCAAGCGAGAAAGAGUACAGGAAAGAUCUAGAGGAAAGCAUCCGUGGGAAGGGCCUCACUGAAAUGGAAGAUACACCUGACAUGCUAAGAGCAAAGAAUGCCACUCAAAUCCUCAAUGAGAAAGAAUAUAAGCGAGACCUGGAACUGGAAGUCAAAGGAAGAGGCCUGAAUGCCAUGGCCAAUGAAACUCCGGAUUUUAUGAGGGCCAGGAAUGCUACUGAUAUUGCCAGUCAGAUUAAGUAUAAGCAAUCAGCAGAAAUGGAGAAAGCCAAUUUCACUUCUGUGGUUGAUACUCCAGAGAUCAUUCAUGCCCAACAAGUCAAGAAUCUUUCAAGCCAGAAAAAGUACAAGGAAGAUGCUGAGAAGUCCAUGUCGUAUUAUGAGACUGUUUUGGACACCCCAGAGAUACAGAGAGUCCGGGAGAACCAAAAGAACUUCAGCCUUCUCCAAUACCAGUGUGACCUUAAAAACAGUAAAGGAAAAAUUACAGUUGUUCAAGACACGCCAGAAAUACUGCGUGUAAAAGAAAAUCAGAAGAAUUUCAGCUCGGUUUUAUAUAAAGAGGAUGUCUCACCAGGAACGGCUAUCGGAAAGACACCUGAGAUGAUGAGAGUGAAACAAACACAGGACCACAUUAGCUCGGUGAAGUAUAAGGAAGCAAUAGGACAAGGAACUCCAAUCCCUGACCUGCCUGAAGUGAAACGUGUGAAGGAGACGCAGAAGCACAUUAGCUCGGUCAUGUACAAAGAAAACUUGGGAACAGGCAUUCCAACCACUGUGACUCCAGAGAUUGAGAGAGUCAAACGCAAUCAAGAGAACUUUAGCUCGGUUUUGUACAAAGAAAAUUUGGGGAAAGGAAUCCCAACACCUAUCACUCCAGAGAUGGAGAGAGUCAAACGCAAUCAAGAGAACUUUAGCUCGAUAUUGUACAAAGAGAACUUGAGCAAGGGGACUCCCCUACCUGUCACUCCUGAGAUGGAGCGAGUCAAACUCAAUCAAGAAAACUUUAGCUCGGUGUUGUAUAAAGAAAACGUUGGAAAAGGGAUUCCAAUCCCCAUCACUCCAGAGAUGGAGAGAGUCAAACACAAUCAAGAAAACUUUAGUUCGGUGCUAUACAAAGAAAACCUGGGGACAGGAAUUCCAAUCCCCAUCACUCCUGAGAUGCAGAGAGUCAAACACAAUCAAGAAAACCUUAGCUCGGUGUUAUACAAAGAAAACAUGGGCAAGGGAACCCCUUUACCUGUCACUCCUGAGAUGGAAAGAGUCAAACACAAUCAAGAAAAUAUUAGCUCGGUGUUAUACAAAGAAAACAUGGGCAAAGGAACCCCUCUACCUGUCACUCCUGAGAUGGAGAGAGUCAAACACAAUCAAGAAAAUAUUAGCUCGGUGUUAUAUAAAGAAAACAUGGGCAAGGGAACUCCUUUACCUGUCACUCCCGAGAUGGAGAGAGUCAAACACAAUCAAGAAAAUAUUAGCUCGGUUUUGUACAAAGAAAAUGUGGGGAAAGCCACCCCAACCCCUGUCACUCCUGAGAUGCAGAGAGUCAAACGCAAUCAAGAAAACAUUAGCUCGGUGUUAUACAAAGAGAACCUGGGGAAAGCAACCCCCACACCCUUUACUCCUGAGAUGGAAAGAGUGAAACGCAAUCAAGAAAACUUUAGCUCGGUAUUGUACAAAGAGAACAUGAGAAAAGCAACUCCGACACCUGUUACUCCAGAGAUGGAGAGAGCUAAGCGCAACCAAGAAAACAUUAGCUCGGUUCUUUAUUCUGAUAGUUUCCGGAAACAAAUACAAGGCAAAGCUGCCUAUGUAUUGGAUACCCCCGAGAUGAGACGGGUGAGGGAGACCCAACGGCACAUCUCAACGGUGAAAUAUCAUGAAGACUUUGAGAAACACAAGGGUUGCUUCACACCAGUGGUGACAGAUCCUAUCACUGAACGAGUAAAGAAGAACAUGCAGGACUUCAGUGACAUUAACUACCGAGGUAUUCAGAGGAAAGUGGUAGAAAUGGAACAAAAACGGAAUGACCAAGAUCAGGAGACUAUUACAGGUUUACGUGUCUGGCGUACUAAUCCUGGUUCGGUUUUUGACUAUGAUCCAGCAGAAGACAACAUCCAGUCCCGAAGCUUACACAUGAUUAAUGUCCAAGCUCAGCGCCGGAGCCGGGAGCAGUCACGAUCUGCCAGUGCACUGAGCAUCAGUGGGGGUGAGGAGAAGUCUGAGCAUUCAGAAGCACCAGACCACCACCUUUCGACUUACAGCGACGGGGGUGUCUUUGCAGUCUCAACAGCUUACAAACAUGCAAAAACCACAGAGCUCCCACAACAACGAUCAUCUUCAGUUGCUACCCAACAGACAACGGUAUCUUCCAUCCCAUCUCAUCCAUCUACUGCUGGAAAAAUCUUCCGUGCCAUGUAUGACUAUAUGGCGGCUGAUGCAGAUGAGGUGUCCUUCAAGGAUGGAGAUGCCAUCAUAAAUGUUCAAGCAAUUGAUGAAGGCUGGAUGUAUGGCACUGUGCAGAGGACUGGCAGGACCGGAAUGCUCCCAGCCAACUACGUUGAAGCUAUUUAGGCAUUUCAAAGCAUCACACUUGUCUGCAGGACUUACAGAUCCUGCAGUCAAUGUUUCAGUUUAGACUCUCCACUGUUACCUAAGUUCUCAAGCUGCCUAUGGUUUUUCUGUGUCAAUGUGAUUUAUGGUAGUACCAUCCUUUCUCCUUUGAGUUUUAAAAUAAGUUGCAGAACAGACACUUUAAAAGCUUCUGCAAUAUUAUUUCUGUGCCUAGAGUCUUUCUCCAUUAUAAACAUGUUUUAACAUUAUUUCUUUUCUAAAACAGGGAUUUUGAACAUGCCAAACACAUUAAAGGAAAAAUAGCAGAGAUGUUCACCUUUUCCUUGCUGAUUGCUAAUGCUUAUUAUUUCUAAUUCAGUUCUGAAAUUAUAAACUUAUAAUCAAUACAAACCAGCAACUAAUAAAACCUCUAAUU